AUGAAAACCAAACAACAUACAGUCUGCGACGAAUGCCGAAGACGAAAACUUGGCGUAAGGGCCCGCAAAUGCGACGGAAAGCAGCCAUCCUGCUCUCAGUGUGUCUUGUCCGGCCUCGGCUGUCCAGGGUACAAGAAACACAUUGUAUUCCGACAACCCACGUCACCCAGUUCAGUCGCUUCAGGCCAACGAAAGAAGCGGCCACGUCAAAAUAGACGCCCUAACAACACAAGUCAAAAGCCGAUACCUCCGACUCGGGCUUUGACCUGGCCGCUCAGCGACGUGCUUUCACUAUGCGUCCAAAACUUCGUCCCUGCCAACGAGUUGGGCUCAAUGUCCAGUAACUCAGCACUUUCACAGUCUAGAAUAUGCGGAGCAUGGGUGGAAGUUCUCCCAGGACUUAUCGGAGGAGAUGGAAGACAUGACGGACCUUUAUCCUCCGCCAUCAAAGCUCUGGGGAUCUCGCUGGUCGCCAGAGGCCCAAGCGGGCGAGCCCCUGUUCAUGAAGCCAUUGCAGCGCACUCCUCAGCACUCAAGGCUGUAGGACGGCUUAUUCCACACGCCAAUGAUGAUCCGAACAAUUACGAUGAGAUAUCCGCAGCCAUCAUGUGCUUAUUCCUAUCAGAGGUGUGCAGUCUUGGUCCCUAUUUCGCUCUCUCUACUGACAGGAGAAUGUCGCAGAAAUUCUUUCCCACAUCAAGCUCUGCAGCAACAGUGCACGCGAGGGGCAUCGGGGAGCUCAUUCAACUCCGCCCGCCUCAAUUCUACGCAUCUGGAACACCCCAUAAGCUUUUUUAUGGCAACACUGUGUUCAUCUUCAUGGCCUUAUCUGUGCUAAUAUCUCAGAUUCUCCAUGCCUUUGACACCCGGAAAUCGACCUUUCUCGGAGCGCCUGAAUGGAAAACAGAGCCGUUUCGCGGUGUGGUUCAAGAUCCCCUGCAGACUCUUUUGAGCGAGGCAUGCGCCAUACCUGCCAUUCUUGAAAUGCUUGAUCGCUGCAGCGACAAGAACGGACUAGUCCCUCGCCAAGCUGUAACCCAGUUUGUGGAAGCCAUCAACCGCCUGGAUCGCUGGCACAAGUCAGUAAAUAUGACUGUGGGAGACUUUACGCCUUUACCAGAAACCUCAACGGCCGGGACCAACUUUGAUUUCCCAAACAUCACCGUGGCUAACUCGUUGAGUCACUACUGGGCGUUCUGGAUCAUUUGCGCCACUCAGAUAAAGCGAUUGACAGCACGGCGCCUAGAUAUCUCAGGGGACUGUCUCCUGAUAGACGGCGAGCGCCCGGACAGCGAAGCGGUGAACCGAAAGAUUAUCCAACUGUCGACUUAUAUCCUUGCAUGUACUGGAUAUUUGAUGCGAGAGGACAUGAAACUCUACGGCACAGCCUCUGCCUUCUUUCCUCUGCACAUUGCGAGGAGUGCGUUGCAAAUGUUUGGAGGCAGUGAUGAGGCCAUUUGUGAGCAGUUGAAGAAGAAUGCUGAGAUCAUAUACGAACGAGGAUAUGAGGAUGUUUUACUGCUGCAUAGAAGCACGAUCAUUAUUAGCUGA